GUCUUCUAGACAUGAUCUUUCGAUCAACAAUAAUCAAUAAUGUCAUUUAAUUAGGCACAAAAUUACACAAAAAUAUGGUGUAGUGAUUAAAUUUGAUUCAAAAUUAAUAAGAAAUGUAGUUCUAAGUCUAACCAACAAUUUCCAAAUUCUAAUGACUACUCCAGUAAGCCUGAAAGACUGCGCAGUUUACGUCGUAUGGCUUGGGAUCUUCUCGAUAUAUUUGAGUCUUUUGACCACGACCGCGCUUGUUGUGGUCUUUACUCAGAGGAAGCGCAGAUCAUCUAUACUCAAGAGUCAGCGGCCGCCGCGCACGCCGUUGUCUGAGCUAGAGUUCAACGUAGCCACCCCCACUGACACAGCCAAGAGUCGCCGCGUCAGCUUCUCGCGAAGGACUGGCGUGGCGGAAUUUGUCACAAAUGAAGCAACCACAACCUGGAAAAACUUUUAUGAAGAGCAAAACAAAUCUUUGGAGAAUUCUGGCAAUGAUUCUGUUGUAAAUGUACCUCGUCAGAUGUCCAUCGGCCAUAUAGGGAAGAGGAUAUUUGACCAACAGUUUGAAGAAGUCGAAAUUGUGGAUAUUGGCACUCUUCAACCAAAGUCACUCGCACAAGACUUUCAUACAUCCCUUAAUAACCUGAAUAUAACCCAACAGCUAGCAUCCCUCGAAUGCCCGAUUGAUGAUAGAAAACUGACUGCCCCAUUUCAAAACUUCGAAUUAAGCUCUUUAACUGAUCAUCAGAGUAAAGUUUUCCGUGAUGAUUUCAGUAUGCCUACUAUGCCUGAAAUGACUAAUCCUAUAGAUAUAAAUUUUUCUAUAAACCCUAUGAGCUCUAAAAAUGAUUGUGAUGAUUUGGAUGAAAUUGUAAAAGAUUUGGGGAGAUCGCAACAUGCAAACGUUGUGUGUCCAGGACCGUUUAACGGUGGCAAUAUGUCUGAAUAUAUUGAAGUUGACUUUAACAUGACACAUGGUAUAAAAAAAGAUGAGUCUGAGAUGUCCAUUACGAGCACAAUACCAAAUCCUGAGGUCCAAGAAGUAUCUAUGAGCAUUUCUUCCAUUCAUAAUAAAAGAAAACUUAACAAUCAAAACAAUUGGAUAGAAGAUAAAGAAAAUAUUGCAAUAAAUCCGUACGUAACACCGAGAGAGUCUAAAAACUUCACUAUAAAUGACUCUGAUCAAAUAUUAGUGUUUGAUGGCAAAAAAUUAACAGUUAAGUCAGAAAGAGAGGCAUUACCAAGUUCGGAUAAAACAGACAAUUUUCGUAGUAAUUUGUUACCAAAUCUCCCCACGGGUACUACGCCGAAAAGGAAAACAAUUGUAUUGAAUACAAAUGACGACUUGCCAAAUUUUAUGUUAGACAAAUCGGCGAUUAUGGGCGAUCAAGUUGAAAGUUCGUAUAAUAUUCCACCAGUUCAACAAAGUUUUAUAUAUAGCGAAAGUGAUGUGUCGAUAAACCAAGCUGUGAAUAAUAAAGUUGAGGCGAACAAGAGAAAAACAAUUGUUUUUGAAGAUGACAUGGGUAAUAUUUCAAUCGCAAAAGCUGUUCCAGCUAAGGUUAUUAUCAAUAAGCAAGAGAAAAGGAAAACUAUUAUAUACGAAAAUGACAAUUCGAAUAUAUCAGUGACUCAAGCCGUUCCUACAAAUAUUAUGGGUUCAAAUAAAACGAUUGGUGAGAAAAGAAAAACUGUUGUGUACGAAAAUGACAUUUCCUUUACCCAAGCGUUACCAGCUAAUUUAAUCAUGAACAACUUAACAAAAGUAUCACAAGAUAAGACGAUGUACUAUGAAGAUGUUGCUGAUAUGUCUGUCACUCAAGUUAUCCCUGACAAUAUAUUUAAUAUAAUGAAAAAUAAGAGUAACAUAAGUAAUAUUUCUAUUACUCAAGCAAUUCCAUCUAAUAUAAUGACUAGAGAUGUAAAACCAAAUGAUUCAGUAAAGACACUAAUUUUUGACACAAAUGAAGAUAUCGAUAUCGAAUUAACGCAAGCAGUUUCCGACAAUGUUUUAUUAGCUGUAAAAAAGAAUUCUGAAAAACGAAAAUCUAUGGGUUUCACACAGGAUGGUGAUAUUUCGUUUACUCAGGCCGUUCCCGCUAAUAUUCUACUUGAAAAAACAAAGGCGAUUGUAUUUGAAGAGGAUGGUGAUAUAUCAGUUACUCAGGCGGUACCGGCUAGUGUUGUAUUUGAAAAAUUUGAAAUUAAAUGUGACCCAGAACCACUAGAAGACGAAAAAAAGAAAUCCGAUAAAAUUAAAAAUGACCUCUGCUUAGAAGAUCAACAUGAAAAGACAUCUAAUGGAAGAAAAACUAUAAUUUACAAUGAUGAGGCCGGAGAUAUUUCAAUGACACAAGUCAUACCAUCUGAUAUUCUUAUGAUGAAAAAAGAAGCUGAGAAAAUGGAUAUAUCUAGUGACCACGAUAUGGUAGACAUUUCUAUGACACACGUUUUACCUACAAAUAUACUAUUGCAAAAAUCUGAAAAUUUUAUGACAGGGGAAUUAUCCAACUUACCUUGGCCCAAUAUUGACAAAAAUGCUCAAAGUAUUUUAACCUUGAAGAAUAGUGAAAACAACGACGUUUUGAUAGAGUUAACUGGCGAUAAUAAGCCCAAACAGCCAUCUGGACUCCAUGAACGUAGUGAAUGUAAUUUGUCAAUGACUAAACCGAUACCAAGUAAUAUUAUUGAUAUUCAGAAAGAAAUUGUUAAAGAGACAGAAGUAUGUGCAGAAAAAAGUGUAAUUAUACCGAAAACUGAAGAUUUGUUGAAAGAUAAUUUGUCCAUCAAGCAAGAUGUUUUAGUUUAUCAAGCGUUGGAGCAAUCUUUUUCUCAAACAGAAGUUGCAACUAGUUUAAAAAUAUCUCCUUCAGAAAGUGAAAGUAUUACCAAAGAAUCGAAUGAAUCCUUAGUUAAUAAAGAAAAUUUAACCAUAAAUCAUUCAUUUGUCACAGAAUCCAAAACUACUUUAGAUAAUAAGAACAAAGAGGGUUUUCUCGAAGAAAAAUAUAACACGGAAAAAGAACGUGUAAGCAAAAAAAACUCAGCAGUAAGUCAAAUUAUAGUUAAAUCUCGUGACGAACAAGUAAAAGCGAAGAAAUCUUUUCUAAACGAGCUAUUGGAUAUGUCAAAUGCUUCAAUGGAAUCGGUUGCCAGAAAUAAUGUGAACGAAUCUGCGAUCGUUGCAGACAAAUCAGCUAUUGGUGAUAUGAAAUCAAAGAGUGAAGGAAAAUCUAAUGAAAGCCUUUUUAUCAUAACGAGGGAUAGUGAUGAUGACGAAAACAAAGACAAUCAUGUUUCAGAACAUUUAGGAGUAAGUUUAACAAAUGAUGCAAAUCAAAGAGAUACUAGACAUCAACCUGCUAUUGAAGACAUUAAAGAAUCUGAUGACGUUCAGGAUUUACACAAUAAGAUUGCUGAAUUAAAAGCCGUUGAUCAACGAAAAAGAACCUCUAACCGACAUUUCGAAAGAGUUAUUAGCAGUGACUUAUAUGACGACACAGAAACUUUGAAUAAGUCUGAAACUAAAGAGAAAAGUAUGACAAAAAGUAAAAAAUCUUUCAAACAGGCGGACAAUACAAGGGAAUUGUUAGGAAUGCUUUCUGACUUCACUGAAGGAGAGAAUGAAGAGUUAGAAAAAUAUGUUAUGAGUAAAAAAUAUGAGUUAGAAAUAUAUGAAAAACCGACAUCCACGAUAGAGAUGAAAGAAAAUUUAGCAAUUGAAAACAAAUGUGAACCGAAACGUUUAACUUUCAUGCAAAGAAGACAGUCAAUAGUUUUGAGCAGAGAAGAUUUGUUACACAAUAUUUCGAUGGCUCAAGCUGCAUUGCAACAAUCUAGAUUUGAAGUAGACGAGAAUGAAAGCAUUGAGGAUACCCAUGAUUCACCAGAGAUAGUAGAGGAGGAAAAAUCUCGAAGAAAGUCCGUCAGGAUUAGUAACGAAGUCGUGAAAACCUUACACUUUGAGGAAGACGAGUCUAUAACUGAAGCAAGUUUGAAAACGUCGCCUUUAAAGAAAACUGCUUUCGGUGAAACGUCGUACAUGAAAGAGAAUAAGGCGAAAGUUAUUCCCAGUUACCUUAAAGACGUAUCAGACAACCUAAAAGCUCUUAUGAGUGAUCUAGUGAAACCAAUGGCGGAUGUUAUACCCUUCGAUGCAGUUGGCUUAGACAAAUCGUUAAAAUCUUCAGUUUCCACGUGUAGUACACAAAUACAAGCUAAUUUAGUUACUUCGAGUCAAAUAGAUGUUGAUGUUGAAUUACAUUCUAAUUGCGAGUCGGUUGAAAAUAUCAAAAACGUUAAAACCAAUCUGUCAACUAAUAAAGCAUUUGUAGAGAAACCUACUUCACAUAAAGCAGAUCGCACAUUAACGCGUUCUGUUCAAUCCGUCUCAAUAUCUGCCUCUAUGGAAAUCGACGAUUCCCCCCCAAAAUCUCCAAUCUUACAAACUAGUAUUAAAAAUCCAAUUCCCCAUUCCCCAGUUAAAGGACCUAUAAUAGUAUUUGACCAUCACAAUCCUCUAAACAACGUUCUGUUAGCACCGGUAGAUGGUGUCAAAAUGCAUAAAUAUAACCCUAUAAAAUCUACGGAAACCAUGCAUUCGGAACACGAGAAUUCCACUCAAAUGGAUGAGAAGGUUAAUGAAAAUGAUAUUGAAGUUGAGAGGUUGUCUACACAUUAUAAAGUGGAUAGUGUAGUAUGCCAGCAAUCAACGCUUCAAGCAGGUGAUAAUUGUGUUGAAAUAUUGAAAGAUACCACCAGCUUAAUCUCGAAUGUUAGCAAACCUAUAUCGAUCGAUCGUUCGACGGAAGGAUUGUUGACCGAAGUUAAAAACACUGAAGUAAAUACUUUAAUUACUAUGAAAGAAAAUAAAGUGCUUCUAGAAGCAAGUUCUUCGCUUACUCUAGUAGACGAUGCGCUCGCACGAAGCGAUUUCGAUGUUAAAAUUGAAGAUAAAACAACAGAAGACGGUAAAAAAUCGCCUCUCAGAGUAAUUUACCAAAUGGAAACAGAUGGAGAAUUGCUAGAGAAAAUCGAUUCUGACGUAGCAUCAUCAAAAUCGAAUGUCGAUGACGACAGCGACAAUUCGAAUAUAAGAAAACGUAGCUAUAGUCCAACCAAAAGAAACCAGGAUAGUAAAUCGAAUAUGGAAAUAACUCCGAAACCUGUUAAUAAAAUGCAAAAAAUGUCCAACAGUGUUAACAAAAAAAUCGAACGUCUCGACGAAUUGAUAAUGUGUUUGGAUAAAAUGGAAUCGGUUACAGACAUGGGCGAAAAUUCUUCAAGUGUUAAAUCUAACAAAAAAUCGUCUAAAAAGAGAAGUCCGAAAUGUGAUAAAGUUGUGGUACAACGAGUUAGUACAGAAUAUAGUAGAGAAAUGGAUAAGAAACCUCUAGAAUCUACAGAUUCAUUGAGAAAUUUUGACGAUGGUGCGAAGAGUAUGAAAACAGAGAGCUCGUUUACAAGUAGCAAACGCGUGAGAGAGAUGCAAGAUGUUGAAAGUGCGUCGACCAACCAGUUCAGCAACACGUCGAGUAAGGACUGUAUGAAUUGGCAGACUGAUCUUGACGUUCCGAGUUCGAGAAAUCUUUCACAGUGCAGUUCCACUCAUUCCAAUGUCAACGUGGUCGAUAAGAUCAAUAUGCUGAGGUUUAUGGGACGCGAGUGUGAAUGGGAGUCAUCGGGCAGCGACGUGUGGAUGUUUCGCUUGCUGCGCUCGCGCAUACGACUCACGGCGCGACUGUCGCACCGGCAUCACAACGCGGCGCGGUCGCGCGUGCUGGCCGACACGCCGCUAGAGGCCGUCACUGUGGACCCCAUACGACAAGAAGUGGAGGACCCGCUGGCAGCGGUCUGCAUCCGCUUCGCCGCCGAGGCGAUGCGGUACGAGUGUACGCGGGGCGGCGGCUGCGCGCGCGCCGGUGACGUCACAGCGCUGCUCAGGCGCUGCGCGCACGUCGCGCGCGUGGCGCUGCGCUGGGCGCGCUGCAUGCGCGACGCGAGGUACCGCCUCGCCUACACCAUCACUCCGGACGGCGAGGUGACGCUCAAGGUGGCUAACAUCCGCCUCCGCUCAGUGUGGGAGGUCCGCCUACGUUUGGAGCUCGUGGUAGGGGACGCGCAGGAGGGCGCGUGGCCCCGCGCGAGUCAGCUGCGCGCCUGCGCAGUGCUGGCCGACUGUGCAGCGCCGGGAGAAGUCGAUAUCGCGAAGCUCGCUUCACACUUACCUCGUGACUGGAGACACGCGCCGGCCACUAUAUGGACAGUGUUUAGGUACCUGAAAAACAAGACGCAAGAAGACGACCAGUUCCUUGGUUUAUAAAUUAAACUAAUGUUAUCUUAAGCACAUUUCAUUUAUUUUUAUUUAAAAUACAUUUUAAUAAAGUUUAGCCUCUGACAUCAAGAAAUGAAAUACUUAGAAUUUAAUUCGAAUAUUAAAUCGCACUGUGAGACUCGUUACAAGACUGAAUUAUAUUUGUUACUAAAUUGCACAACCAUUUUUAUAAAUGUAUGUAUUAAAUAGUGAAUAUUUUUUAUCUGAUUAGGGAUUAUGGGUUUUAGCAGUCGGCAAGUAAUUUUUGCAAGUUUUGCGUACUAAAACUGGCUUGCAAUUGUACAAGUGACAUGAAUAACAGACUUUGCUAUUGCUAGUGAUCACUUUACAAGAAGUUA